CUGUUGGACCUCUCCUGACCUACUCUGUACAUAAUGAUGAUGAUUUGAACCAAUUUAUUAAUUUAUUAAAAGUUUUAAAUCUAACUUAAACUGUUUGAUUGUGGCUGAAAGUAGACAGCUUUAAAAAGUUACCACACUAACAGAGUUCAUCAUAUUUGCUGACUGUGACCACAUGUUCAGAGGACUGUGAGGGUUCAGACGUGUGAUGACACUUCAAUAAGCUUUCUGCUCUUCUUCCUCAUGCUGCACUUCCUCAUUUUUAGGGUUCUGGUGAUGAGCUGUUAGGGCUGCUCGUCCUGCCCCUCUGCUUCUAUAAAACCUCCUGAAUGACUCCCUUUGAGCUAACUGAUGAUCAGAGACCUUUAUCCACCUGAGCAGUUUUGAAAUAAAGCAGUGAAGAUGAAGGUACUGCGCUGCUUUCUGCUGGGCGUCCUGCUGGCUGCUGGAACCAGUCUGGCUGUGGACGUGAACUGGCUGACUGGGAUUGUAAAAGCCAUCAGGGAAGAGUACAGAAUAGAUGGACAAUUUUGUCUGGCUGCAAAUAUUCCAGUGAAAGCAGACACUAAUGUGCUUAAUAGAAUCCUCAGCGACAACAAAUAUCAAAAUAAAGUGAAGAACGUCAUUGGGGAAAAAAACUCUGCAGACACUCAAGUAUAUGAAAGCGACAACAUGGUUAUAGCCAGGCCUUUAAGUCCUGAACAUGCAGAGUAUCGAGUUCUUUCAAAACUACAACAACUGAGCCGCAAGAGCGACGGAAACUUCCUUCUCAUCUACUCUUAUCUCUCCCCAUGUGACAAGUGUACAGCCCGGAACAAAAAAUACAACAUCCUCAAAAAGAUUGAAAAUCACGUUGACUGCUGGGAGGAUGGGGCCUUUGUGUUUACAAAAGUCUACGACACAAACGAAGAUGGUAAGCGCAGAGACGAACAGCAGAUAGAAAACUCACUUAAUGACCUUGCACAUUCGAUGGGUGGUCUCCAGUAUAUAUUUCGCUGUGACGGUCGAAGCAAUUCUGCUUUGGAGUGUCACAGCUGCUCUGCAAAUAACAGAUUAUCAAAGAUUUGUAUUAAUAACGCUGAGACUAAACAAGCAAAGAGAAGCCAUUCUUAUGACCCAAGCAGCACUGCAAAGAAAAGACGAGUCUCACAUGAAAGCAAACCAAGCAGCAGCAGUAGAAGUAGAAGCUGCAGUUAAGGAAGUUCAGACUGCCUUUGAUUUGUUUUCAUACUGUAAAGAUGAUGAUUUAAAUUCUUUUAAAAAUGAUGAAACAUUCAAAAUGUGUUUCUCUGAAUAAAGUCAGUCUUUCUUUCUUUCAAA